AUGUUCUGGCUCGGAAUGAUGCUGACCAUGAUUUUGGCACAGUCGGUGCAAUGGUGGAGCGAAUGGGGGUUCCGGAUCACUGUCGUCUCGAGCUUAGGGGCAAAUCUUGUCGUCGGCAUCCUGUCCGGGACACGGCGGCGCUCGGCGGCCCGCUGGUUGUGGGCGUUACUAGGCGAGGUGGCUAAGUUGUUCGUCUGGCUUGCGUACCAGGUCGCUGAGGCAGCGGCGACGAGCGCACUCGGCAGCCUGUCCCUCUGCGGCUCCGAUGCGUCGGAGGAGGAGAAGCAGGUGGUCGCGUUCUGGGCCCCGUUCCUCCUGCUGCACCUGGGCGGCCCGGACAACCUGACCGCCUACGCUCUGGAGGACAACAAGAUCUCCAACCGCAAAUGGCUUGAGAUAGGCGUUCGGAUUCUGGUGGUCAUUUAUACCAUCAACAACAACACACAUCGCGGCGGCCGCAGCUGGGCUCUGCUGCUCGCGGCGUCCGUCGUCAUGCUCGUCGCCGGCGUCGUCAGGUACGUGGAGAGGGCUUACGCCCUACGGAAAGCCAACUUGGAUAGCAUGCAGGAGGACGCCUCGUCAAGCAGCAGAAAGGACGACUUUAAGAUGCUGAAAUGCAGAAUCAAGAGGGCGAAGAGGCAGGGGCAGUUGUUCCGCGACGGAGAAGCGCUGCUCCUUGCUCAGGAUCUGUUCCCCAUCUGGCGCCAUGCCCUGGUCGGUUCUUCUGUCGAUCCAGCUUCUAUUUCACCAAGGCAGGAAGCCAGCGAGAUGAUACUCUCGGAGUGGGACUGGGAGAGCAUGUGCAUGGUGGCCGAGAUGGAGCUGUCCCUCAUCUACGAGUUCCUCUACACCAAGGCGAUCCUUGCACACACCUGGCACUACUACCUCAUCCGCUUGUUGUCGCCCCUCUUCACUGCUGCUGCCGCAUUUCUCUUCUGCUUCUGGCUUCAUCCUGAUAAGCAGCAGCAAGGCGAUGAUGGCCACCGGGUCAGGGGAUCCUUUGUCGGGAUCACCUACGCCUUGCUGGCCAUUACCUUCCUCAUGGAUGUGGCAUGGCUGCUGAGAGCCCUCGGGUCGACAUGGGCGUACGCCUACUUCCAGGGCGCCGGAAGAAGAUGGUGGUGCAGCAUCCACCGCAUCGUCGUCCGCCUGGACCCGUUGCAGCUAUUCUGCCGCGAUCCGGUCAGCCACAGGCGGUGGUCGGGCACCAUCGGCCGGUACAACUUGCUGGACGAGUGCACUGCCACCCCUACGACUCGUCCAGAGUGGUGGCCGGUGUCCAUGCCUGGAGACGACAGACCCAAGGAGUUGCGGUAUCUGUCUAAGCUUCCUCAAUGCGUAAAGAAAGUGCUGUUCGAGCGAGUGACGGAAAUAUUGCAGCAGGCCAUUAAUACUGAGGAAAAACAAAUUGGUCAGGAGAAGGAGAAGGAGAAGGAGAAGGAGAAGGAGGAGGAGGAGAAGAAGAUGUACACCAGGUUCGACAUCAGGACACACUGGGGCCACAAGGCCUUCCGCCGUGCACCUGAGGAAGUCAAAAACAAAUUCAAGACACACUGGGGCCACAAGGCCUUCCGCCGUGCACCUGAGGAAGUCAAAAACAAAUUCAAGCCAUUCCGCAUGGAAUUCGAGGAGGACGUCCUCUUGUGGCAUAUCGCCACCUACAUGGUCCUCCCGGGCAUCCAAAACGGACAGAAAGGAAGGAGAAGAAUACUUGCGUGGGCAAUUGAGGUGAUGUCGGAAUACAUGAUGUUCCUUGUUGCUGUUCGCCGACAAAUGCUACCUGGCCUUGUCCUCCACAGCCAGUUACAGGUAACAAAGCAGCAGAAAACCCGCGACAUAUUGGUUCAAAUAUGGAAUCGAGGCGACAAGCCAACUACAGUAGAAAGCGGAGCUGCCCCGCGGGUACCAGAUGAGAUGCUGGAGUUCAUCUUCAAUGUGUGGGUGGAUAAGCUGGUGUACACGGCCGUCCGGUGCAGCACGGAGGCCCAUGCCAAGCAGCUCAGCGCCGGUGGCGACCUCACCACCGUGCUGUGGAUGCUCAUCCAACAUGCUGGCCCGUUUUGCAUUGGAGAAGAAGAAGAAGAAGAGUAA